CUCAGACUGCCGCAUCGGCGCAGGUGAGCGCGUGCCAUCACCUGCUGGCUCCUGCUGGGUUUCAUGAAGAGGAAAGUGUUUGGAGCUCCCGAUGUCCACUCCGGCUCCACGGGUCCAGUCCGAUCUCCUAGUCCCGCAGAUUCAAGCCAGAACCCGCUGCUGAGAACCAGCUCCUCAACAGGUGUUGGGGAAAGGUGUUCAAGAACCUGAUAAAAUAUGUCCAAUGGGAGGGACGCAAAUACCUCCGAAAACUCUUCUGAGAUGAUGCUAAAAGAGUGCCUGGAUGAGUGUAUGGAGGCCUUGGAUCUCUUCCUUAACAACCACUUCACUGAGAGCCUGGAGAGGCUGCGGCCAAGAGUCAAUGAGAGCAUGUACCAUGCUCUUAUCUACGCCACGGUGCUGGAAAUGCAGGCCAUGAUGACUUUUCAGCAUGAUGAUAUCUGCAAUGCAGGAAAUACCAUGAAGAGUGCCCAGGAGGUCUGUCAGAGGUUUCGGCGGAAAUCACCAGGUUUGACUAAUAAGACAGCGGGGGAAUCACUCUCUGAAGUGCAGCUCCAUGCAGAAGUGUGUUAUGCAGAGUGUCAGCUGCAGCGAGCUGCUCUCACCUUCCUACAGGAUGAGAACAUGGUGAAUUUUAUCAAAGGAGGAAUUAAAAUACGAAACAGUUAUCUGAUUUACAAAGAGUUGAAUUCCUUUAUCAAAUCUAACAACUGUCACAAAGGAGCCAGUCACACUCACCUAGAAGGAGGGGUAUCAUUUGGAGUAGGGGCAUUUAACUUGACACUGUCCCUAUUUCCUCCUCGGAUACUUAAAGUUUUGGAAUUUGCAGGGUUUUCCGGAGACAAGGAAUAUGGUCUGUCUCUUUUGUGCAACGGUGCGACGGGGAUGAACCUGCGCUCCAUGCUGUGUGCUCUGCUCCUGCUCUGCUACCACACCUUCCUCACGUUUGUGCUCGGAACAGGCGAGGGGGAGGUGGCGGAGGCUGAACGACUGCUGAAGCCUUUCCGGCUCCGUUACCCUCAGGGUGCAAUAUUCCUUUUCUUUGCUGGAAGAACUGAGGAGAUCAAAGGAAAUAUUGAUGGGGCGGUGGCGCUGUUUGAAGACGGCUGCAAGGCCCAGCAGGCGUGGAAGCAGUUUCACCACAUGUGCUACUGGGAGCUGAUGUGGUGCUUCACCUACAAGCGUGCAUGGAAGAUGGCAUACUUCUAUGCAGACCUGCUCAGCCAGGAGAGCCGCUGGUCCAAGGCCAUGUAUGUGUACAUGAAGGCUGCGUACCUCAGCAUGCUUCCUGAGGAUGAGGCCAGACCUUUCGGGGAGGACGAGGUAGAGCUCUUUAGACAAGUACCAGCCCUCAAGCAGAAGAUAGCAGGGAAGUCUCCCCCGACAGAGAAGUUUGCCAUCCGUAAAGCCCGGCGCUACAAAUCCUCCCGGCCCACCAGGCUCCCGGUGCCAGUCUUGGAGAUGAUGUACAUGUGGAACGGCUUCAGUAUGAUCAGCAAACGAGCAGAGCUGACUGAAGGGGUGAUGCAGACCCUGGUGGAGGCGGAGCGCUCUCUGCUGGAGUCCCCCGAAACGGAGUACUCGGUGGACGACCGCUGCUUGAUCCACAUGUUGAAGGGUCUGUGCUUCAAGAACCAAGGCCUUGUCCAGGCUGCAGAGGAGUGCUUUCACAAAGUGUGCUCAAGUGAAAAGAAGAUCAGGUUUGACCACUACCUUGUGCCCAACUCUCUGGUGGAGCUCAGCUUGCUUUACAUAAACCAGGGCAGACGAGAGGAGGCGAUUAAAUUACUGCAUAAGACCAAACACAACUACAAGGACUACUCGAUGGAGUCUCGCACGCAGUUCAGGGUGCACGCCGCGCUGGCCAAGCUCAAGGCCGACCCCGCGGAAGAGGACGCCCAGUAAAGCAGAGCUCAUUAUCCACACGCUCCUCCACCCGAAUGCAGAAGGUUCUGGUCCUUUUUAGCUCGAUAUCCAGCACCUAUUUACAACAAGUGAACAUGGUAUUGCUAUAGUUGUACGUUUUUAUCCACCAAACAAGUAUAAUUUGUUACUUUCAGGAAUGUAGCAGCAGAGCUGAGGGGCUUAAGUCUGUUAACACAAGCCGGACUGUAUAUAGUAUUUAAUAGAUGUUACAUUGUUGGCAUAGCUAACUCUAAAUCUGAUAUGUACUAGAGCAAAUGUAAUACUAUUAAAAUGUAAAGUAAUCAGCUGUUAGUGAUUUAGGUCUCAGUGAUGGGUACAUAAUUAUAUUAUACUGUGCUGUAAUGUGGUUUGGAUUAAUGACUGUCGAUUAGAUAAAUGUUGUAUAAAGAAUUCCUCUCAUAGCCGGUAUACUUGGCACGCUCGGGCAUGCCUUGCAGACAACUGCCCCAUUUCUGGUGGGUGUAGUGAACAUGUCCUGUCGCGUGGUUCUGCUGUGAACGCUGAGGCUUAAAGCUUUCUUCAUCUCGCUGCUUUUGAAUGAAUCAAAAUUCAACAUGAAAUGUUUUCACUGAAGUGAAUUUUCUAAAAGCUUGACAAUUCAAGUUACUUUUGUAUAAACCAAUGAUCUCUCUGAAUAUUUGUUUUAUCUUGCAAAAAUUACCAUCCAGCGAGCAGCCACUGUAUAUAAAAGUUCUUCCUUUUUAAAAAGGAAACAAGCAAAACCUUUUUUUUUUCUGCGUGUCGAAGCAUUUAUCCACCACCCACUGUGUAUAAUUGUAACGUUCAUAUUGAUGCUGGGGUGUUUCACCAUCCUGGAUCAGGGAACUUGACAUAAAACUACACACAAAAAAAAAAAGCGAUGAGCUGUUCAUGACUGAACUGUGAAUAAGGUGUUUAUUUAGACUUAAACGGCCAGGCCCGUAAUCAGCUCGGUAGUUUUAGUGUUUGCCAGCACAGCUUUGUAUUUUGGUGUGAACUUGAGGGGCCACACCCUGGGAAAGAGUCGGAGCCAAAAUGGGUCAUUCCAAACCCAUAAACCAGUAGCUGAACAGACUGCUAAAGCCACGGUCCAGUAUACCUGCAGCAUUAGCAAUGUGUGGAACUAAAUGUCGGCGAACUCAGGAAACGGUCAACUUACACACAAAAAACAUGUCUGCUUGAAAGACUUGAGACAAAAGAAAAGCUCUGAGGAUUUCUUUUUGUUUAUAAAAUGAGUUAACAGGUGUCUCGUAAGACGAAACAAGGACAACUUAAUUUGCUAAUUCUUUUUGUCGGACAAUAAUUUAGGUUUUUUUAAGUACCUGACAUGUUUCGGUGAUUCUUUUUGCUUUCAUCAGUCACAGGAUGGUGUGUGUGACCCGCCAUUCACCAGCUGAUUUUGAAAGAAGGUGUGACUCCCCUGUCAAAUCUGACAAGUGAGUCACGCCUCCUUGAAAGCAAAAGGAAUCGCCAAAACAUCAGGUAUUUAAAAAAACUAAAAAUUCCAAUUAAAAAUAGCAAAUUAUAUUGUAAAGCCAUGGACAAAAUGAACUUUAUUAAAUCAUAUGGACAACUUGUUUUGUGCUGAAGUUGUUCAGAACAGCGUUGACCGCUUACGCUGCCAGUUUAAUAGAUCCACUUAAUGAGAAUGCAUUCAAAUACAAAAGUCCUGCAAUAAAAG